AUGGCAAACACGGCCACGACGAGCUACAAGAAACAGCCUGGCACGCUCUCGCUCUCCAACACCGCGCUCGAAUGGACGCCCGCAUCCGCAAACUCGCCCGCCCUCUCCCUCCCCACCUCGCACCUCGCAGCCCUCUUCGCAUCCAAGCCAGGCGGACCCCGCAUCAUGCUCAAGGUGCAGCUCAAACAGCCCCUCCCUCCCUCCGUCGCAGACGACUCGCACAACUUCACCUUCACCAGCCCCGCAUCUGCCUUGUCCGACCGCGACAGGUUCAAACAGCUGCUCAGCGAUGUGAUCGCGCGGAACAGGGAGAGGGAGGCGAGUAGUGCGGUUUCGGGCGCAGCGGCUGCACAGGCGGCAGGAGGAGGAGCGCAGGCCGGACCCUCUGCCGGUGCGGCGAACGGACGAGCAAGGUCGAGCGGGACAUCUGGCGGAGCGAGCGGGUCUGGCACGCCUCAGCCCGGCACCGGUACCCCCGGUCCAUCCUCCUCUUCCGCCAACGCCUCACAACAAACGACCUUCCGCCUGCGCAAAUUCAUCCUCCAGUCAAACCCCUCCCUCCUAGCGCUCCACCGCGACCUCGUCCUGACAGGCCAAAUCACCGAGUCCGAGUUCUGGGAAGGGAGGGAGGACCUCGUUGCGUCUGUUGCGGCGGAGCAAGGGCUGAUCAAGGGCAAGAGCGGGGAGAUGGUUGAUCCUAAGACGGUUACGGGCCAGAAUGGAGAGGUCACGGUCAAGAUCACGCCGGGAUUGAUCAGGGAGAUUUUCGAGGAGUUCCCGGUUGUGCUGCGUGCGUACAACGACAACGUCCCUGAUCCGCUCGACGAAGCCCAGUUCUGGACACGCUACUUCCAGUCCAAGCUGUUCAACCGCUACCGUACGACGAACCGCGCCGCCGUCGAUGCGAUCAAGGACGAUCCGAUCUUUGACAAGUACCUCGACGAGGAAGAUGACGACGUCGAACCGAAGCACAUGCCCGACCACCAAAUCUACCGCCUCCUCGACCUAGCAGCAACCGAAGAAGACCAGCACGAGAUCACGAACCUUCCGAGGGACUUCACGAUGAAACCUGGCGGACAGCGAUCCAGUUUGCCGUUGAUGAGGCGGUUCAAUGAGCAUUCGGAGCGGUUGUUGAGUCAGGCGCUCGGCUCAGCAGCAGAUCGGAAUCGAGGCUUCCUCGACCCCGGCCACGCAGGCGACCGCCGCUACUACUCCGAAAUCGAGCUCACAGACCUCUCCUCCCCCUCGUCUCUCUCCUCCCGCAUCGCGCUCUCGCUUCCAUCCGCUUCGAACGCACAUACGACUGCGACUGGAGAGACUGAGAAGGAGGAUGGGUUGGAGGGGAUGUACGAGAGGAGGGAGAGGGUGAAGAGGGUGGUGGAGGGGGUUAGGGAGGAGUGGGAGGGGAGGUUGGCGGAGUUCGAGAUCGACUCGGCAGCUGUCCGAGACAGCAUGCGCGACAUGACCAGCACGCUUGAGCGGCAGGUCGAGCGGAAUCGAAAGACGGCGGGGAGCGGAGGCCUCCCGCGCGCACACCUCACCACCGUCUCCUCCCUCUCAACCACAACCUUCGAGUUCCUCCGUCACUUCUGGUCCGCCAUCCUGCCCCCCAAACCCUCCGAUCUAUCCUCCCUCUCUCCAAAAGACCGCGCAGCAAGAGCAGAAAAGUUCAAGGGGUACUUGGAGAAGAGUCGCGAGAGGGUUGAGAGGGCUGUGCUGGAGGCGAAGGGGGAGGCAGGGGAGGGGGAGGUGGGAAAGAGGGUUGAGGCGGCGCUUGGACCGGUCAGGGAGGCGAUUGAGGCGGCGCUGGCGUUGUAUGCGCAGAGGAUGGGGGGAGCGCCGGGAGGAAGCGGAGGGGCGGCGUCUCCUGCACCAACGCCAGCGGCUGUACGAGCAUAG